AUGUUCCCAGAAAAGCAUCGCACUAUGGUGACUCCGCGGUUCGACUCUGAGAGAGUGGGCGCUCGAUCGCUCCCCUGGUCUCCGAGGAGGAGCUCGUUCUCGGCCUCCAGCCAAGGGACGGUGAUGACGGGCGAGAGGAGGAUGGUUGGAUACGCCGGGUUCGUACCUGGAUACGUGUCGAACAACGCGUAUGGAAGCACUUGGGCCAAGGCUAUGGAAGCAACCCAGCUGCAGCGAACAAGAGGGAGUUCACAGAGCUGGGAAUCCACUGGCUUCCGGACAAGCAAGUCUAUCGACCAUGAAAUCCAAGAUAACGAGAUGAGAGAUCUGUGGGAGAAAGACAACCUUGACCCGAGAUACAGCAGAUGGAACUUGCACAAUCUCAACCUCUGCAGAGACCCUAAGGUUGUUUCCGCAUCCUACAUGGGCUACAUUCCAUACAAGAAGUCGGAGAAUCUGAUAGGAGCGACUUUCUUCAGGACGCUGCAAGCUUCAUCGGCGCUCAAGGACCCACAGAUGCAGGCUGAGUUCGACUCGCUGUGGACGAGCGGGGAGAAGAGAAGAGGGUCGAGCCUUCGCCUGCCCGUAUCCAACGACGCGACGUACAUCGAUCGAGCUUUGAGCUUAUCGCGGCACUUAUAA